GAACAGCACAAACAGCACAAACACACAGAGAUAGAUACCGUCCAGGAUGGCGUCCGGAGAAGAAGCGGCCUUUGAGAACUUUGACGUCGAUUUCGACAAGGUCCAGAGGAGGCGCGAGCAGUACCUGGCCCGGAAGGCGGCCGAGCGGGGAGAGCCCCUCCUGCACGACCCCGAUGGGAUCAACGACGCCAGGAAUCCGCAGCAGCAGCAGGAACAGUCCKCCGGUCGCUUCGCCGGGAUCGGGCGGCUGCUGGGCGGGAAAAUGRCGUCCAGCGCGAGCAGCGUCGGAACGGGGGGAAUCAGCGGCCACAACCGUUCGAUCUCCUCCGGGGCCUCGGUGUCCACGGGCAUCGGYGGCAACGCCCCCGAUCCGUCGAAGCAGGGCGCGCCCGCCGCUCCGGCACCGGUGGCUCCCCCGCCCCCCAAGAAGGAAGAACCGGAGGCCGGGCUCGUCGGAAUCUUUGGAGGCAAAAAGGUSAUCCGCUGGCCCUACGACGAUUACCACGAGGUCCAGAAGAAGUACUACACCAAGCUGGAGGAACUGGAGGAAGCCGAGAACAAGGAGGACGGCGAGGACGGCUCCGUCGAGAACAACCCAACGGUGGUCCGCCGCGGAUUCUUUGGAUUCGGAGGCCGCAUCGACGAAGCCGUCAGUGCCUCGCCGGCKAAGCAGAACCAGGCGUCCAACCUGCAGAGGCCCGACGAUCCACCCGACAUUCCUACGGCCGUCCAGGGCCUGCCCCUCAGCAAGUUCGAGCGCAAGGCAGAAGAGCGGGCCAUCGGGAUCGUAUCCACCUGGCUCUUUGACUGUGGACUCAUCGACGAGCUGCUGGUCCACGGAGGGAUGGGCAAGUCGACCAUGCGAACGGCCGCGAAACACUACACGGACGACGCCGCCGACAAUGCCUCGGCCUCGGCCGCCUCCAAAACGACGACCGCCAGCGAGCAGCAGGGAAUCGAGAUUGGUGCCUUUGGGCACAUCCUGGAGGGACCCUCWAAGAUGGACAAGGAGAUUGCCAAGCUACGGGGCGGAACCGCACGCCAGCUCACCAUGGUCAACGCCCGMUUGAACGACGGGGUGGCUGCCAGCGGGGGGGAGGUCCAGGAACUCGUAAAUGCCGUCAACUCCACCAAGGACGACCUGGGACGCCUCCGGGAACUCUCCACMUACAUCGGGGGGUACGUGGGAACCUCCACGAGCAUGCCAUCGAUCCCGAACGACGGAAACACGGUGGGCGGCGACGAGAUCACCAUGGCGUCCGACGCCUCGGCCGUCAAGAACAACAUGAUGGCCCGGUCCCAGACCUUUAUGCUCACCAAGUACCCCAAGCUCAAGAAGGCCAUCAACGCCCGCCGGAACCUGGCGAGGUGCUUUCGAGAGCUCGACUUUUACUCCCAGAUCCCGGUCACCUGCGACCGCCUGCGGGAAGACCUCCACAACGCCGAGUGGACCGACACGGAGUGGUCCAGCCUCCGGGAGGUAUCUAGGGAGCACGUCGAACUCGAGAUCUUUCUGGUGGAAGCCGAGGCGGGCAUGAAAAAGCGCAUCGAGGAGGAACUCAAGGAGUCCUCSGGCCGGCCCCUCGAAGACGACAGCUACCAYCCCCAGGGAAGGCGGGACUAUUUGCGACAGAGCAACCACAACGGAAUGGSCARCYCGAUGGGUGCGACCUCGUCGACGCUGGGCCGGAUCCAAAACUACGAGGAAGUCGACAACUUUUUGCACGAGCACGUCAAGAACGUUUGGGAGCUGGGAGACGAGAUCCGGAUGCGCAUCAUGUCCGGAAUCGGMGGGGCCUUUGAGCUGGCCACCCACAACGCCGCCGGCUUGGUGGCACUGGUGGAGGCCGUCGAGAUCUACGAGGCGGCCAACGAGGAGUACAACACCGUUCACGGGGAAGAAGCCGGCGCCGACGGGAACGCGGCUGCCAACACCGGAGACAACAAGAACCUGCGCUUCACCGACAUGCGGGCCUCGGCCCUCAAGCAAAUGUACCAGGAUUUCGAACUCCGGAGCCUCGAGGUCUUUCGGGAGGUCCACGAGGUGGCRCAGGCCCGCGGCGUCGAAGASGACGAGGAGGAGGCCACGGAAUACUUCAACGCCAUUCUGAGAGCGGCCAACGAACUCACGGCCGACAUUGCCUUUGUCCAGAACCAGAUGUCCCCCUGUUUCCCCCCCAACUGGGCGCUCGAGAUGCUCUGGAGCACCUGCGUCUCCCACGUGUGCUCCAAGCAGAUCCUGGAUCAGAUCGGCGGGACGGAGGGGCACAAGCUUCCGGAUCUGACCGUGACGCAGCUCCUGGACCUGGUGGCCUGGAUCGAAUCCUUCCGGUCGACCAUCGAGGAAACCUUUCCCAACAUUGGCGAGCAYAUUUCCAAGAAGACGUACUUCAACAAGCGACCCGAUCUGCUCCAGGAGGACAACCGGCAGAUCGACAUGGACGUCGCCAAGGAUUCCCUGGCCUGGGCCAACAACAUGCUGUGGGAGGUACACGACCUGUCGAAGGACGAGUUCUUGUUCCGCACCAAGGAACAAACACACGAGUGGCUCGACAAUGUUUACGAGUACGUCUCUCGCCCCCCCCMCCCCCCGGGUAUUGGGUUUGGUGUGGCUUUGUUUUGUUUGUUUCUGUCAUGUUUUGUUCGAAUCGCGAUUGUGAAGGCUCGGUGACAGCGCCCUUCCGGGAACCGUGGUGCACUCUCUAAGCCCUUUUCGCUCCAUUUUUUGUUUCUUUGUGUACAGCGCCGACCAUACCAAGAAUCAGACCUCGGAGGGACGCCUCACGACGUCUCUGUGCGAGGACGUUUACGCUCUGGCGGGUGUCCAGCUCCGCACCAUUCGAGAGCGUCUGACGCGCCGCUCGGAAGCCCUGGUGCAGGCCGUCGGCGUCAUCUUCAAGAACCUGUACGAAAAGCAGAUCGCUUGCCGAAACAACUUCCUGCUGGAUUUCGAAACGUGCUGUGCUGCCUCGAACGACUUUAUUMGGAUGAGCGAAAACUGCGAGGAAAUCCUGGCAGAAAUGGUGGCCGAGUGCAACCUGACCGACGAAGCCCAGAACCAGCUGGACGAGCAAUCCGGUGUAUUGCUGGGACUCUACAGCGGGGAUGCUGUCUUUGCGGCCCAAAAGGUCCAUAUCUACGUCUUUGAACCGAUUGAGGAAUCCAUUUCGGWGGAACUCUUUGGAGAAGAAUGGUUGAACGAACUCACCGCCAAUGAGCUGACCCUCACACUCGUGAAGACGCUGGAAGAUUUCAUGGGGGAUCUGGAACUGUUCCUAGACGAGCUCAUGGUCGGGAAGACUCUGGAUGCUCUGGUGACGGCCACGGUAAUAUUUUACUUGAAGUACCUGGUGAAGAAAGCCUCGGGCCACAAGAGCAACAAGGAUCCGCUCUGGUCGAACGUCCCGCGGUCGCUGGAACGCAUCCGUGGCGACAUUGAUACCAUGAAGGGCUACUUCGAGGAUCUACAGGACGUCUAUCCCGCACUGAAACGCGCCGUUCCGGAGCAAUUUGAAAUUUUGGAAACGGUGCACGAGCUCAUGACCAUUGCCAGUGGCGCGUCUCAAUCGUCCGACCGGGACUUUAUCAUUUUGCUACAGAAGCGAAUCCGAAACAUCCAGCUUACCAAACUUCUAGUUGGUGAUUUGUGGCACAUCAUGAAUCCCUCCGUCGAAAAAGACAUGUACGAAAUGAUGAACGUUAUGGAAACCGAGCUGAACGCGGUGGCCCCCGAUGAUGCCGAGGCCUUUGACGUGGCCCUGGCACGGCAGACGGUUCCCGGACUGCGCCUGGACGUGGAGCUUGCCCGGCUCUGCGACGAGAGCAGCCGAAACCGGCCGGGCUACAACCGAACGGCGGCCGARCAGGGGCAAAUCAUGCUCAACAAGUGGAGAAAAACCUGGCAGAACCUCGUCGAGGUGGAAGAAGCCUAGCAGGGCUCGAUUCACAAGAGAGCAGAUGUCUCGUCGACGGAAAGGCCGGUGGGUUGUCGCACCUCUCGCGGUGCGUGCGGUGCUUUCCCGACCGGAUGUGUCAUUGAGGCUGUCAUUCGGAAGGCCAAGCUGUAAUUUUAGAAAAAAAGAAAUUGUACUUGCAUCCAUUUGUUGUAAUAUAGGACAAACAAACAA